AUGUGCGUUGAUGUUACCAUACAGACCCCAAGUUUACACCUCUCAAGCGUAAGGCUUAGCACCCUUUGUACUGCCAACUUCAUCCGCCGAUUUUUGCUGCCGCAUCGGCUUCGCGUUCUAAGUGCUGAGGACUUUUCUUACGAUGGCUACACCUUCUCGUUGAGCAGUGACGAGGGUCUGUAUUUACAGGUGCGUAGAGUCCAAACCGAUGUGUCAUGCAUCGAAGAUGCCAAAGGAACAAUGGUCUGCUAUGAUUUUGUAACUGUGCGCAUGGACGUCACCGACCCAGGAUAUCUGAAGGAUGGCUCACGAUUAUGCGAACGAACCAUGGCAGCACUGGAUCGGCUGCCUGCGUGUGCCGCUGUGCUGUCGUUCGGCGGUGAUGCUACCGAAAGUGAUGUUGCAUCAGUUCGCGCCGAUUUGUGUACGGCAGACUGCGCGGUGACAGUGAUGGAGCCGAGCGUUUCGACGUACAAUUGCAGCGGUAAGCAGGAGUCCGCCCUGCUGGACGCGUCCUCCUUACUGUCAGCCGUGAAUGAAAUAUUGGAAACUGGCCGUUUGCCCGAGCCUACAGCCAUCGCUGCACCUCCUGAUGCCGAUGAUGUUGUUCACGGUCGUUCGUCGCGGGCUCACGACGAGGGUAAGCGCCGCAAGGUGUUGUCGUCGGAAGGCGAAGAGAUCCACAUUCCGGAUGAGUUUGAGCACUUUUUGAAGCACAAGGAACUUCUGUUCAAGGCACAUCGCACGCUGAGCAAUGAGAAGAACCGCAAAUUGGAAACCAUCCGUAACGUGAUGAACGAGCUGUCCAAGGCGGCAGUGCACUUUGUUCCCGAGGAGAACUUCGUUCAAAAACUUCGUCACGGGGUGGACAUGCUGUUGUUCCGCGCGUUGACAUCUCGCGGCAACAGGGCCACAUCAACUGGGCCUCAGGAUAGCGGAACUGAGUAUGUGGUAUCUGCGAUGAAGGGCACCCUCGUCCCUCCUGAAAAGAUGUUUGAUAUGUUCCGCUCUGCGUGCGAGCAUCUCGGCGCAGAAUGCCCGGUCUUCGUUUUAUCUGCAACAUCAGCUCGAUCGCCUCGUCAGAACGCCCAUUCUAAGGAGCUGGGUAGGUUUAGUAUCCUAAUGUGUUCACGCAGCAUGCAGGAUCCGCUUUCCGAGACCAGCAUCUGUAUGUAA